AUGGAAGCAAUUGCUACUGCACUUCGAGCCCUUUUCGAUUGUUCUAAGAGAGACAACAAACUCGCCCGUUGUUUCUGGGAAAGCUUUGAGAAAACGGGAGAACGAGGAGAACUUGACAAGUCUAUUGCUCACGAGCGUAUUGCUCUUAAACGUCGUCCUAAAGGACAUCCCAAUCGCUCGAAAUCGUUGUAUGACCUUGCACGUUAUCUUUUGACGCGAUACGAACGAUGGGGCCAAUUGGAAGAUCUAGAAGAAGCCAUCGAGCUGAACCGAACCGCCCUCGAGCUUCGACCCGAUGGCCAUCCUGGUCGCUCUGACUCUCUCGGCAAUCUUGCAAAUUCUCUAGCAAUGCGGUACGAGCAACAAGGACGAGCCGCCCUCGAGCUUCGACCCAAAGGCCAUCCUGGUCGCUCUAUCUCUCUUGACAACCUUGCAGGCUCUCUGAUAACCCGAUUCGAGCAACUCGGAGCGACGAAGGACCUCGAGGAAGGUAUUGAGUUGGGUCGAGCUGCCCUCGAGCUUCGACCCGAAGGCCAUCCUCAUCGCUCUAUCUCUCUCGGCAAUCUUGCAACCUAUCUAAGUACCCGAUACAGGCAGCAAGGAUCGACGAAGGACCUCGAAGAAGCCAUUGAGUUGGACCGAGCCGCCCUCGAGCUUCGACCCAAGGGCCAUCCUCAUCGCUCUGUCUCUCUCGGAAAUCUUGCAAGGUCUCUGGAAACCCGAUUUGAGCAGCAAGGAACGACGAAGGACCUUGAGGAAGCCAUUGAGUUGGAGCGAGCCACCCUCGACCUGCUCCCUGAAGGCCAUCCUGAUUGCUCUAUGUCUCUCUGCAAUCUUGCAAGCUCUCUGAAAGCCCGAUACGAGCGGCAAGGAGGGACAAAGGACCUCGAAGAAGCCAUUGAGUUGCACCGAACCGCCCUCGACCUUCGACCUGCGGGCCAUCCCCAUCGCUCUAUCUCUCUUGGUAAUCUUGCAAGCUCUUUGAAAUCCCGAUACAAUCAGCAAGGAGUGACAAAGGACCUCGAGGAAACCAUUGAGUUGCAGCGAGCUGCCCUAGACCUUCGACCCGAAGGCCAUCCUCAUCGCUCUAUCUCAUGCAACAAUCUCGCAAACUCUCUGAGAACCAAAUACGAGCAGCAAGGAAGGACUGAGGACCUCGAGGAAGAAUGUAUGCGCCUACUGCAACUUGCUGCUACUCAUGAAUUCUCAGGAUUGUUGGACCGCCUCACUGCUGCACGACGGUGGGCGACACUUGCACGAUUACACAAGAAUCACACGGCCUUAUCAGCUUACCAAACAGCUAUGUCGAUACUUCAACGUGCUCUCACCAUACGUCCCACCCUCCGCGAACAACACGACUUUCUUACCGGCGAGAAUGUCCAUAGAACGCUUACUUCGGAGGCAGCGUCCUACGCAAUAGAGAAGAAUGAAUUGGAACAAGCGGUAGAGACACUUGAACAAGGAAGGGGGUUACUCUGGUCGCAGAUGCGCGGUCUCAGGACUCCUAUAGACCAGCUUGCAGAAACAAAUGAAGGACUCACUGACAGGUUCAAGGAUGUCAAUCGCAGGCUGGAGCACCUCUCAUUAUCGCACGAGGCGUUAAUGUCCGGUUCAGAUAUGGACGGACGCGUAUUACCCGGGCCAGACAACAGGCCAGGACAGAAAUUGCAUGAUCAGCUAUUGAGAUUAAAGAAGGAACUUUUGCUUGAGCAAGACGGAAUUAUAAACGAGAUUCGACAAGUACCUGGAUAUGAGAACUUCCUGAAAGUUACGCCCUUCAGAGAACUGCAGCAGGCAGCAUCGGAGGGACCGAUCAUCAUGGUGAAUCAUAACAAAUAUCGUUCCGACGCCCUCAUUAUCUUUCGUGACGUUUAUUCCGUAGUCUGCAUUCCAUUGGACGAAGAGUUCUAUGAGGACAGCAUUGGGCUGUGCGACGAACUUGUUAAUACACGACAACGGCUCAAAUCGGAUCCGCUGAAAUAUGGAGAGAAACUUUGCGAAGCGAUGAAGAUGUUAUGGGAUAGAGUUGUCUCCAAAGUCGUUAGUAAACUGACGGAACUUGGGAUUGCAAAAGGGUCUCGCAUCUGGUGGUGUCCCACGUCGGUGUUGUCUGCACUCCCGUUCCAUGCUGCAGGACCAUUCAAGGAUUCAGAUGGGACCACAAAAUACUUAUUAGAUGAUUAUAUUUCAUCAUACACUCCAACGCUCGGAGCACUGAUUAGUGCGCGAUCCAAUACGGGCACGAGUGAACCAAAAUUGCUUGUCGUUGGGGAUACCGUGACGCUGCGAUCAACUAAACAGGAAAUUCGUAACAUCCAAAUUUGCAUGGACAUUUGCGAAUCAGACUAUACAAAACUUCUUAACCGCAGGGCAUCUCGGCGUAAAGUGAUGGAGAUGCUCCGGAAGGUGACGUGGAUCCACUUUGCUUGUCAUGGCCACCUCAAUCCAGAACCUUUCGACUCGUCGUUCAAGCUCGCUGACCGCGGAUUGACAUUGCUUGACAUUAUCCAAACUAACGUCCCAAAUGCUGAGUUCGCAUUUCUCUCUGCCUGCCAUACCGCCGAGCUGUCCCAUUCGGGUGUGCAUGACGAGGCACUUCAUCUAUCAGCUGCUAUGCAGUUCAUCGGAUUCCGAAGCGUGAUUGGGACGAUGUGGGAAUUAUACGAUGAGGAUGGGCCCCUGUUUGCUCGAGUGGUUUAUGAAUACAUGAACGAAUGCAAGGAAGGUGAAUUGAAGCACAAGAGGGCGGCAGGAGGACUUCGGAAUGCAGCAUUGGAGUUGAAAGCGCGGGAAGGGAUUCCGACUGAACGAUGGGUUAAUUUCAUACAUAUUGGUGCUUGA